AUGGUGAAGCUCGAAAAGGCUGCUAAAAAUCAAGGUGAGCUGAAGAAGAUGGCCCGUCCUCCCAAGGAGGUAGAAGACAGUGAGGAUAAAGACAUGUCAGAAGAGGAAGAAGAAAGCAGUGGAGAAGAGGUCAUGGUCCCUCAGAAGAAGGGCAAGAAGGCUGCAGCUACACCAGCCAAAAAAGCUGUUGUUGCUACCACACCUGCCAAGAAAGCAGUUGUGACUCCUGGUAAGAAGGCCGCUGUGACCCCAGCCAAGAAAGUGGCCACCCCAGCCAAAGCUGUCCCCACACCAGGCAAGACAGCCACCACAGCCAAAGGGGCAAAAAAUGGAAAGAAUGCCAAGAAAGAGGACAGUGAGUCUGAAAAAGAAGAUAGUGAAGAUGAGGACGAUGAAGAAUUUGAGCCCCCCAAAGCCCCCAAGAUGGGAGCAGCUCUGCCCAAACAGGAUUCUGAGGAGGAGGAGGAAGAGGAGGAGGAGGAAAAGGAGGAUGACUCUGAAGAAGAAGCAAUGGAUACUACCCCUGCCAAAGGGAAGGCUGCUUCUGUGAAGGCUGCCAAAGGCGGGAAAGCCAAGGAAUCUGAGAAGGAAGAUGAUGACGACGAUGAUGAGGAGGAGGAUGAAGAGGAGGAGAAGGAGGAAGAAGAAGAGGAGGAUGUGCCCGUCAAAGAAGCCCCAGGAAAACAGAAAAAGGAAAUGAGCAAGCAGAAAGCCCCUGAAGCCAAGAAACAGAACUUAGAAGCUGAAACGUCUACAAAUUUCAGUCUCUUCGCUGGUAACCUGAACUUCAACAAAACAGCAGCUGAGCUAAAAACUGCCAUCACAGACUUCUUUUCUAAAAAGGACCUUACGGUUGUGGAUGUCCACAUUGGUGCCACCAGGAGGUUUGGCUAUGUAGAAUUUGAAUCUGCUGAAGAUAUGGAAAAGGCUCUGGAACUCAGUGGCUCCAAAGUGCUUGGCUCUGAAAUGAAGCUAGAAAAAGCAAAAGAGAACAAGAAAGAUGGAGAUGCCAGGACACUCUUUGUCAAGAACUUACCCUAUAAAGUAACUCAGGAGGAGCUCGAGGAAGUGUUUGAAGACGCUAUUGAGAUCAGACUGGUCUGCACCAAGGACGGAACACCCAAAGGAAUUGCCUACGUUGAAUUCAAGACAGAAGCAGAUGUGGACAAGGCCUUAGAGGAGAAGCAGGGGACUGAGAUCCACGGCCAGGUCCUCAUUCUGGACUAUACAGGGGAGAAAAGUCAAGGACAAGAGAACUCUCAAGGGAAGAACAUCUCGUGGAGUGGGAACAAUAGCAAGCCCUCAGACUCGAAGACGCUGGUGCUAGGAAUACAAACAAACAAACUAAAAGACAGCCCUAGCCUUCAAGAAGCAUUCAUUCUAAUGAAGGAAGCAACAUAG